ACCCACGGAUGAACCGGCGACAGGUCCCAAGUUAGAGCGGCAAAGCCUUCAUGUCUGGGACUUUACGGCUCUCCAGCUGCCGCUUGAGGGCCGCCGUCCGGUUCGGUUCGGGAUCCUGCCCCGCUUCUUUUCCCCAGCUUUAAGUUGAGAACCGUGAGAACCGGGGACCAGCCGCCGGAGUCUGGCGGGAUAUUUCGUCCUUUUCCUCGCGCGGACGCAGGGAGUUCCUUCUCGACAUGACGUCAUUCUACCAGAGAUUUAUGGGCAAGAUCGACACGAACAAGACUUCCCCCAAUCCCCCCGAGGCGGGCCACCUCCUGGGGCAGGGGGGUGAGGGCGACCGGGGGGCAGAAAGCCAGCGGCUGCAGCGUCCCCCCCACCGCGACUGCGAGGACGAGCACGAGCUGGUGGGCAGCAACCCUCCGCAGAGGAACUGGAAGGGAAUAGCGAUCGCCCUCCUUGUCAUUCUGGUCAUCUGCUCGCUGAUCGUCACCUCCGUCAUCCUUUUGACACCAGGUGAGGACGACCGACUGGCUUUGAAGAGCAAAGUGACCGUUGGAGACCUGUUCAGAAAAGAGUUCAGGGUUCACGACCCCGACGCAAAGUGGAUCAGCAAUAAUGAGCUGCUGUACCGCAACCGGGAUGGUGAUGUUGUCAGGCUCAGCGUUGACUCUAAUGAGCAAACCAUCUUGGUGCAUAACAAGAAAUUUGAAAUGUACAAAGCCAGCAAGUAUGAAGUGUCCCCCGACCUGAAGUACGUGCUGCUGGCCUACAACGCCGCUCCGGUCUACCAGCAUUCCUACACGGCUUUCUACAUCAUCUGCAGUCUGGAGACGCCGGAGACCUGGAACCUCAACCCUCCUGAGGUGCGAAACGCUCAGCUGCAGUUCGCCGGCUGGGGCCCCAAAGACCAGCAGCUGAUUUUCAUUUUUGAAAACAACAUCUACUAUCGGUCUGAGGUGAAGAGCCGCUCCAUCCGUCUGGUGUCUUCCGGCAAAGAAGGGGUCAUCUUCAACGGGCUCAGUGAUUGGCUGUAUGAAGAGGAGAUCUUCCACUCCCACGUGGCUCACUGGUGGUCUCCUGAUGGCGCCAGGUUGGCAUACGCCACCAUUAACGACACGCUGGUGCCCAAGAUGGAGCUGCCGAUGUUCACAGGCUCGCCCUACCCGACAGGAAAGGAGUACCAUUACCCAAAGGCUGGUGAAGAAAACCCAGUGAUCAGUUUGCAUGUUGUGAACCUGAACGGUCCGCUGCACACCAUCGAGAUGAGGAGACCGGAUGAUCCCAGGAUUGGUGAGUUCUACGUGACCAUGGUGAAGUGGGCCACCACCACCAAACUGGCCAUUAACUGGCUGAACAGAGCGCAGAACAUCUCCAUCCUCACGCUGUGCGAAGCCACCACGGGAGUCUGCACCAAGAAACACGAGGAUGAAAGUGAAGGCUGGCUUCACAGGCAGGAUGAAGAGCCUCUGUUUUCCAAAGACGGACUCAAACUCUUCUUCACUCGGGCCAUUCCACAGGGAGGCCGGGGGAAGUUCUUCCACAUCUCCAUGUCCACCUCCCAGCCCAACACCAGCACAGACACGCUGCAGUCCAUCACAUCUGGAGACUGGGACGUCACGCAGGUCCUGGCCUACAACGAGGACAACCAACUGAUAUACUUCUUGAGCACUGAAGAUGGUCCCAAGCGCAGACACCUGUACAGCGCUGACACGUUUGGAUCCUUCAACCGCCGCUGUCUGACCUGCGGCUUGCCCGACAGCUGUGGCUACAUCAGCGGCUCCUUCAGCUACAACAUGAGCUACUUCCUGCUCAGAUGCCGAGGACCUGACAUCCCGUUUGUUGCUGUUUAUAAAACUCAGAGAGACGCAGAAAGUGAGACUCAGGACAGAGAAAGUAUUUCAGAAGUGUUGAAGCUGGAGAGCAAUGACAACCUGAGGCUGACCCUGGACUCCAUGCAGAUGCCCACAGUGGAGUACAAAGAGAUCAGCAUGGAUGACUACACGUUGUCCAUGCAGAUCCUGAAGCCUGCCGGCUUUGUGGACACGUCUCACUACCCGCUGCUGCUGCUCGUCAACGGGACUCCUGGGGGUCAGACUGUGUCGGAGCAGUUCCACAUGGACUGGGCCACAGUUCUGGUGAGCAGCUUCGGCGCCAUCGUGGUGCGCUGUGAUGGGCGGGGCAGCGGCUUCCAGGGCACCAACCUGCUGCACCGCAUCCAGAAGAGGCCGGGCGUGUUUGAGGAGCAGGAUCAGAGAGACGCUCUGAAUUUCAUUCUGAAAGAGCCGUAUGUGGACAAAAGCCGAGUCGGCGCUUUUGGACAGGUGUACGGCGCCUUCGUGACCAGUCUGCUGCUGAGCGGCGAGGAGUCUCCAGUGAAAUGUGGCGCCGUGCUCUCACCCAUCACAGACUUUGAGCUAUACGCCUCUGCCUUCUCCGAGCGAUACCUCGGCCUGCCCAAACCGGAUCCCAGGGCCUACGCGAUGGCAAACUUAGCUCACCGAGCUUCCCAGCUCCUGGACAAGAAGUUUCUGAUCAUCCACCCGACAGCUGACGAAAAAGUUCAUUUUCAACAUUCAGCCAAGUUCAUCUCACAGCUGAUUAGUGAAAAGGCGAACUACACCUUACAGAUCUACCCGGAUGAAGGCCACUUCCUCCACGGCGACGCCACCCGCCAGCACCUCAGCCAGUCGCUGGUCAACUUCUUUGAGGAGUGCUUCAGGCUACCAGAGCUGGUGUUUGAGGAGGCUCUGGAGGAGGAGCUUGAGGAUGAGGGUUAGACCGCCCCCGCGUGGUUCCUGCGGCCCCUCCUCCCCCCCACCCAUCGCUCCAUCCCGUGUCGGUGCCCAAGCACACCAGUGUCCAUCCCAUCAAACCCCCACAGUGGCUGUUGGAGUUCCAACACAUCCCCCCUCCAUCCAUUCCCACCUUUGGCCCCGAGGCCGGCCCCCCAGGAGCCACCAAAACUGAAGACGCUGCUUUUUGGAAGGAAGCCGUUUUCUUGACUCGGUCCUCCCCAGCGGUGGAGCGAGCCUCCCUCAGAGCGCCGAGCGGGAGGGAGACCAUAGCACACGGAGAGCCGGGCGUGGGGGCGCGCUCCUCUUUCCAGUGGUGAUGAACUUUUCCUGUGGGACCGUGCUCGUGUUUGUUGUCCUGACAGUAUGUACAAUAGCACAGAAACACUUUCUUUUGGACUCAUCCGGACCUUUGAGUUUAUUUCAGAGUCUGCCGCGCAGGGGGCGUGGCCGGGGGAGGAGCUUCAGUUGACAGAGAAACGCUCGUUUUUGUCACUGUGCCUUACUGUGUCAGAAAAGAUCCAGCUGCCAGGCCGCCGUUCCAAGCGUUUCUACAAACCCUCAUCCAACCAUCCGUCCAUGAUGCCGUUUUCUGAGUAAAGACGCUUCUUCUAACGUUGGGGGGGGGGAACCAGCAGCUGCUGCAUGAAGAGCAAAUCUAAGACACGACAUGUUCACAUUUUUAUUCUGCAAACUGAAAAUCUCUUCAACUCUCCAGAAAAUACAAGUUUUUACAAAAAUGUGAUUUCUGUGAAGAAUCAGGUCAAAUCCUGGAAGCUUUUUCAGAGUUUGAUGGCAGAAAGAUGAGGAGAAGCAAACCAUCAGCAGCCGAGCGCUUCUGUCCAAAAACCACCUACAGGUCGGGUUUAGAGGCCCUGAAGGCCCUGAAGGCUGUCGACUAAACUAAAACUAGAACUAAAGAUUAAGCUCAUUUACAGAAAGUUCUAAAAACUAAUCAGGAGGUUUCUGCUCAAAACUUCUCCUUAAAAAACUCUGAAUUUAGAUGUUUUUCUAGACAUUAGAUCCUGAAGGUCAGAUUUUUAGUUCUGGAUGAGGUUUCUGGAAGCGAGCCGGCGCUCCUGACUCCUCCUGAUGGGAUCAGUUCUACCUCUGCAGCUUGGAGGGAACGUCUUUUGGAAGCAACACCCACGCUUUAAACCAGAUCCUUUGGACCAAAUGUGGUUCAGAGGUCAGCUGUAGGUCUAGAACAGGGGAACAUCCAGAGAAUGAACUGCAUUCAUCACGCAGACGGGCUGCAGUGCAUGCGCAGACGGGCUGCAGCUCUAGUCCGGAUGGCUCUGAAUGCUCCUCUCUGGACCUCACAGCUUCCAUUUCCAGUAGUACUUGUGACAGAGAUCCUAGCCUCGUCCGUUUGAUGUGUAAAUGUCAUCGUUUAAUUCUAAAGACCCAGUGUUUGCUGAGUGUUAUCUGUGCAUUUGACAUUUCCUGUUCAUUUCUGUGGAUGUCCUUGACCUGAGCUGACUGGACUUCAUCAAAGCCAACAGGAACUGGCUGAGGACUUUCUCCAAGACGUUUUGAGGCUCAGAAGGAGAGUGAUGGCAGACUGUGGCAUGAAAGUAAAUGUUAGAUUAAAAAAGUAGAUAUUUUA